CUUUUAUCAAGAUUAUUUUGACAAAAUCAAGUUUAUUUUCUGUUUACAAAGAGUCAAAGGUCUUGGUCUCUUGUCUUGUGUUUAGAUAAUCUAACUUAAGGUCAGGACAAUGAUCACUUUUGUUAUAUUUAGCUGUUUACUAUUAUCGUGUACUGGUCAAGAAAGUCCAAAGAUUAAUCCAUUUUCGCCAUUAAUCAAACCUUUGAUCGGAGGCAAGACAUCAUUCGCUUGUCAAGCUCUUUCAGGAUCGCUGCCUUUUAAUAUUCUUUGGUUCAAAAAUGGUGUAGAAAUUAAGGAAUUAUCAUCAACAAGAAUUCGAACCAGUGAAGAUGUUUCUGUUCUUAUGAUUGAUUCAAUUUCAUCAAUUCAUUCGGGAAACUAUUCUUGUAAAAUAUCCAAUAGAUUUGGAUCAGAUGUUUAUUCAAUCGAACUUAAAGUUGAAGGACCUCCAUUUUGGAAUGAAAAACCUGUUAAUCGCUCGAUAAAAUAUGGUGAAAGUGCUUCGGUUAAAUGUUCCGCUUCAGGUUUUCCUAAACCUAAAAUUUCAUGGAAAAUUUUCAAAGGAUCUUGGAUAAAUGUUGAAAGUUCUGAUGAUUCUGUCAUCAGAGUCGACGGUGAAAUACUUAGUAUUUCAAAAGCUCAUUCCAAGCAUUCGGGUAGAUAUGGAUGUUCAAUCACCAACGGUGUCCAACCAAAUCUUUGGACUGAAUUCAACAUUGAUAUUGACGGUAUUUAGAGUUGCAUGGUCAUUAGAUCAUAAUUGCUUCGAGAAAUUUGGUCCGUAGUAAUCCACUUUUGCUUGCUAUUCACAACCAGAACUUGAUGAAUAAUUUUCAUCGAGUUUGUUUCAAUCUCAUUUGAAGAAACGGUCUCGUCAUUUUUUUCAUAGAUCGCGGCAAAGUUCAAUCUUUGUUUACUCUUUUACUUGACUAAUGGUCUUUGACAUUACCCAUUGUUGUAUCAAAUUGUAUCGGUUUCAAUUUGACAAUUUACUCUUCACUAUGAUCUGUAAUUUUUUUCUCAUAUUUGCAAUUAGUUCACAAUUUAUACUUUGUCAAGAUGCUCCAAGGAUCACACCAUUUAAUUUUCCAACUAAUCCAAUGAUUGGGAGAUCAAUUCUUGUUUAUUGUUUGGCUGAAACUGGAACCCAACCAAUUAGAUAUCAAUGGUUACGAAACAAUCAGCCAAUUGAUGAGACUAAUAGCUUAGAGAAUGGAAUCAAACAAAUUGUAGAGCCAAUAACCAAUGCAUUCGGCUUGAUCAUUCAAUCAGUUGAAGCUAAACACUCUGGAAAUUACACUUGCUCAGCUUCCAAUUUGUUUGGUGAUGAUAAAUUUACAUCUCCAUUGAUUAUCAAAGGUCCACCAAUUUGGAUGAAUACAUCUAAUUCAGUGAUUGAUGUUCAACAUGAUCAACCAUUGAAUCUGUUUUGUUUGGCGGGAGGGUUUCCAAUACCAAUCAUUUCAUGGAAGAAGAUUGAUCAAAGUAAACCAACUAAUUCAUAACAUGGAAACAUUUCAUUAACCUUUUCAGAAUUACAAUUAUCCUUUGUGUUAUUACAGUUAAUCAUUUCAAUUGCCAUCGAAAUCGUCAAUUGUUUUGGAAAAAGUUAAAAAAAGUGACCAAGGGAUCUACGAAUGUACUGCUUCGAAUGAUUUAGGAACGAUAACCAAGCAAAUCAAAGUAACUGUUCUGGGUAAGAUAAUACGAUGAGCU